AUGCGGUCCUUUUUCAAGGCGCCGCUGCUGCUGCUCGCAGCCGUUACCACCCUCUUGGCACCCGCCCAUGCCCAGAAGAGGCUCGAGUCGCUCGCUCUGAGCACCUGCCAGGACAACUCGGGCUUCUCUGCCUCCCGCUUCAAAGUCGUCUUCACUCCCAACAACAACACCGCCUUUGUCUCCAUCGUCGCGACCUCGUCCAUCCAUGGCUAUGUCAACUUUGACGUGACUGUCACCGCCUACGGCUAUCAGAUUAUCAAACAGACCGUCGAUCCCUGCAAGACAUCCCUCUCCGGCCUCUGCCCCAUGGUUGCUGGCAAGAUUCCCCUCGACCUUAACCUCGCCCUCGGCGACGGCGUCGCCACUCAGAUUCCCGGAAUCGCCUACGCCAUCCCCGAUCUCGACGCCAAGGUCCGCGUAGUUAUCAACUCCACCGACGGCUCCGGUGCUAUCGCCUGUGUCGAGGCCAACAUUUCCAACGGAAAGACGGUCGACUUGGCUGGAGUCAAAUGGGCCACGGCCGUUAUUGCUGGCCUCGCCCUCAUCUCCUCUGCCAUUGUCAACGGUCUCGGUCAAUACAACACUGCUGCCCACGUUGCCGCCAAUUCGCUUUCGCUCUUUGGUUACUUUCAGUCUCAGGCCAUUGUCGGUCUCACCAGCGUCAAGAUGCCCCCUAUCGUCAUGGCCUGGACGCAGGAUUUUGUGUGGUCUCUUGGUAUUAUUCGUGUCGGCUUUCUCCAGGACCUCACCACUUGGUAUCAGCGCGCUACUGGCGGCACCCCCUCCACCAUUUUCGACACCUUGCUCACCCGCUCCGUUCAAGUCCAAAAGAGAGGUCUCGCAAUCGCUGAGGAUACCGUCAACACCGGCGUCGACAUGUUUAAUCGCGCCGUCGCCAUGGCUCCCAAGGUUGUUCAAACCUUUGCGAAGCGAGCCAAUAUCGAGACUAGCCAAGGCACCUACAUUGUCUAUGGAAUUCAGCGUGUUGCUUUCCGCGCCAAGAUUGAGACAACUAAUCUCUUCAUGACUGGCCUCAUCUUCUUUGUCUUUUUUGCCAUCUUCACCGUUCUCGGCGUCGCUGCUUUCAAGGGUAUUUGUGAGCUUCUCGCCAAGAAUCAGGUCAUGAAGAACGAUCGUUUCCUCGACUUCCGCAACGGCUGGCUCACUGUUCUCAAGGGCAUCCUCUACCGUGUCGCGCUGCUUGGAUUUCCCGGUGUCACUCUUCUCUGCCUGUGGGAAUUUACCCAGAUUGAUUCGCCCGCCGAGGUUGUUUUGGCCGUCGUUUUCCUCAUCGGUCUCAUCGUCACCCUCGGCUGGGGUGCCAGCAAAGUGAUUCGCAUUGCCCGCCGCUCCAUCGCCAUGCACAAGAACCCGGCCUACAUCCUCUUCUCGGACCCCCAGGCUCUUAAUCGCUGGGGUUUCCUUUACAUGCAAUUCCGCGCGUCCGCUUACUACUUUAUCGUACCUGUUCUCGUGUACGCUCUCGCCAAGUCCAUGGUCGUUGCUUUUGGCCAGCGCAACGCCGUCGCCCAGGCUAUCUGCCUGCUUGUUGUCGAAGUUGGCGCCCUCAUCGCCGCCUCUGUAAUGAGACCCUGGAUGGAUAAGCCCACUAACUCAUUCAACAUUGCCAUCUGCGUCAUCAACUUCCUCAACGCCGUUUUCCUCCUCAUCUUUUCGGACAUCUUCGGCGCUCCCCCGCUCAUGAUUGGUGUCAUUGGCGUCGUUCUCUUUGUUCUCAACGCCGCCUUCUCUCUCAUCCUGCUUCUCAUGGUCAUUAUAUCCACUACCAUCAGCUUUAUCCGCAAGAACCCCGACGCCCGCUACCAGUACAUGGCCGAUGACCGUGCUUCAUUCAUGAAGUCGCAAACCCAACUCAACGGCAACACCGAGCUCGAUGCUCUCGGUGCCACCGCGCGUGGUGAUAAGAUGGGAGGCUACAAGGCUCCGCUGGACCUGGACGACGACCACGAUUCUCUUCUCGACGCCGGCCGAAGGGAUCCUUUCGCGUCUCACAACGCGUCAACGACCUCGUUCCACCAGGCUGGCCAGGGUCCCAGAUCGCCCGUCAACCCCUCGAUGCCCCUGUUCCCUGGUUCCCGAUCUGAGAGCCCAUUCCGUUCCCAGUCGCCAAACCCGUCCCAACCCAAUCCCUACGGUAGCCAGGCGUCCCUGGGACCUGUGCCACAAAGAGGACCCAUUCCCAACCGUGGGCCAUCUCCUCAACAGGGCCGCGCACCGUCGCCACAGAUGAACCGCGGGCCGUCUCCGCAAAUGCAGAACCGCGGACCUUCUCCCCAGAUGCAGAGCCGGGGGCCUCCUCCACAGCAGCUUCCUCCGCCCCCUGGCCAGGGCAACUAUAGACAGCAAAACUCGUCCAGUCCCUGGCAGCGUGGAGCUGGAUACGACCACUGA